AUGUGCCACUUGCCUCGGAUACCCGUAUUUCACAUGCUCAUGACAACUUUUGAUACAAGUCAGCCUCAACCAUAUUUGGACUUAGCAAAGAUAUUCAUACAACCACGUUUUUUAAUCUCUGCCGUCGAAACCUUCACAUUCCACGCGAUACACUAAUGGACACAUAAAGAAAGCGCAUUUGAGCCUCGUAGAGACUCGGUUGUUGUGGGGAAGCUUCUCCAACGACAAUAUACAGCAUUCAGCGUCAUCACCAAACAUUGCAUCCCACCUCGCCAUCGGAUACUGUCUCUCAUGGCUGCGCAAUCAACGCUGCGGCAUACUGCUGCCGAGGAGCAGCUAGCCGCCUUCCUCGAUAAAUGGACUGGCAAGAUAAAGACAAGGUUGCGCGGAACGACUCGCACGACUCGUCUACUCGCGACAUUGGCCCUUGCUAUCUCAAUUAUCCUCGGAGGAGUUGGAGGGCGUCGAUGGUGGAAGAACCGACGGCAUGAGCGUGAACAGGGUCGGAAACUUGUGCGCACAAACUCCUGGCUUCACAACAAGGACGGAUCGCGUACCAUUUACGUUCCAUACAAGGAUGGCACAUCCAAGGUGGUCAUCAACACAACCAAGCCACUCACUUUCGACGCCCAUCGUCGUUUGUUCCUAAACCCCCCUCGGGUAUCUGGACUCCGGGAGGGAACUGUACCAGCAGCGCAAACGAAGCCAGGCCUCAACAUUGCUUUCUUGCACCAAUUCCUCAGUCUCAUGAGCAUCAUGAUACCCAGAUGGUCUAGCAAGGAAGCUGGGUUGCUUGUUAGUCAUGGUGUGUUCUUGAUGCUAAGAACGUAUCUCUCACUUGUUGUCGCCCGUCUGGAUGGUGAGAUUGUACGUGAUUUGGUGGCUGGAAACGGAAAGGCGUUCCUUUGGGGUAUUCUCAAGUGGUGCGGCCUUGGAGGGUUUGCCUCAUAUACCAAUGCCAUGAUUAAGUUCCUGGAGUCAAAGGUUUCUAUUGCCUUCCGCACGCGACUUACACGCUACAUCCAUGACCUUUACCUCAACGAUAACCUUAACUACUACAAGCUGUCUAACCUCGACGGUGGUGUUGGCCAAAGCGCCGAUCAGUUCAUCACUCAAGAUCUGACUCUGUUCUGUGCGGCUGCAGCCAACAUCUACUCAUCGCUCGGCAAACCUUUCGUCGACCUGUGCGUUUUCAAUUAUCAGCUUUACCGAUCGCUGGGGCCUCUUGCCCUCACUGGCCUCAUGAGCAACUACUUCUUGACUGCUAGCAUCCUUCGAAGACUUUCGCCACCAUUUGGCAAGCUAAAGGCAGUUGAAGGCCGAAAAGAGGGUGAUUUCCGAAGUUUACAUGCCCGCUUGAUCGCAAACGCCGAAGAGGUUGCCUUUUAUGGCGGCGCAGAUACUGAAAAGACCUUUUUGAACCGCGAGUUCAAGUCAUUGAAGACUUGGAUGGAGGGUAUUUACAUGCUGAAGAUCCGCUAUAACAUUCUGGAAGACUUCAUCCUCAAGUAUAGUUGGAGUGCAUACGGAUAUUUGUUGGCGUCGCUUCCCGUCUUCCUGCCACAAUGGGGCGGCGUUGGCGGUCGGGCUGAGAUGGUCGAGAAUGGUGUACGCGGAGGCCGAGAGCGAAACCGCAUGAAGGAUUUUAUCACCAACAAGAGGCUUAUGCUCUCACUCGCCGAUGCAGGUGGUCGUAUGAUGUACUCUAUUAAGGACCUUUCAGAACUGGCAGGCUAUACUAGCCGUGUGUACACACUCAUCUCGACAUUGCACCGGGUACAUGCCGACGCCUACCACGUUCGGGCUGGCCAAAGCGAACUAUACUCAUUGUCUGAUGUUUCAGGAACAAUCCAGAAGGGAUUUGACGGUGUUAGAUUCGAGCAUGUUCCAGUUGUGGCUCCUGGUCUGUGGCCUCAAGGAGGCGAGGAGUUGCUCGAGUCAUUAUCCAUCAUCGUGCGAAGGGGUGAACAUCUAUUAAUUUCUGGACCAAAUGGCGUGGGUAAAACUGCUAUUGCAAGAAUCCUGGCAGGCUUAUGGCCAGUCUACCGUGGCCUAGUCAGUCGUCCCAAGGAUAUCGGCCAGGACGGCAUCAUGUUCCUCCCCCAGCGACCUUAUCUGAGCCCCGGAACACUCCGUGACCAAGUCAUCUAUCCAGAUGGCCACGUGGAUAUGAAGGAGAAGCGCAAGUCCGAAGAUGACCUCAAGAGCGUCCUGGACGCUGCGCGACUCGGAUACCUCCCUGACAGAGAGGGUGGAUGGGAUACGCGAAAGGAAUGGAAGGAUGUUCUCAGCGGAGGCGAGAAGCAGCGCAUGGGUUUUGCCCGUGUGCUCUACCACGAGCCACAAUAUGCGAUCGUGGAUGAGGGCACCAGCGCUGUUUCGAGCGACGUAGAGGGUCUGCUGUAUGAAACAUGCAAGGAGAGAGGCAUCACACUCAUUACCAUCUCAACACGUGCAUCCCUCAAGAAGUAUCACACGUAUAACUUGGUCCUCGGUAUGGGCGACCAGGGAGAUGAGUGGGAAUUCGAGCGAAUUGGCACCGAGCGUGAGAAAAUGCAGGUCGAGAAGGAGUUGCAAGACCUCCGUGAGCGGCUGGAGCAAGUCGAUGAGUGGAAGAAGCGCCGAGAUGAGAUCGAGACUGAGCUCGCAGCGGUCUGGACAGACCAGGGCGAGGUGCUCGAGGCUCCGACACAUGCGGAGAAGGCAGCUGAGGGCCAGGAGUAAGCGAAGGGUGGAUUGAAGGGUUGGCUGAUUGACGUAAGCAGAGAGCAAUACCCCGAGGAGUUCAGAUGAUGGGAUAUUUUGUAUGGCAUGGAGUAGGCAGCGGGACUUGUGUAUCUAUUAUUUCCAGGAUCUACAUAGACGAUCUAUCACUACAGGAGAGCAGAAGUUGGCUGAUGUGACGUUGGACAGGUAGAGCAAGGGAUAGACUCAAGGGUUAUAAACCGUCAAAGAUAGACCACACCUGGAUACAUAGGACCAUUUUUAUUGUCGGCCCUCAACGUGCAGGAGUGAGAUGGAAUUCUAGAUCAAAUAAAGAUAAAUGCAGUUCCG